AUGGGAAUUUUGGACCAGCGUACAAGAGCACCUUGCAUGGAACAAGGUCAGAUGGAAGUCUUUCCUUCGCUUUCAAUGUAUCACACAGGCUCGCAAGUGACUGUAUACGGUUUAAGCAAUGUUCAUAACGAUUCAGGAGUCCUGGACCCCACUUGGGAGUGCUUUGUCGACAAUAAGAGUAUUGGCAACACAUCUUCAUUUCUUGGUACAGAAAACCACUGGGUGUUUUGCGACCAAGAUGCACUACUAGAUGGACCACAUAUUCUUACUGUGAAUGUAACUGUUAAGAACCAACAGACCUUCUGGUUUGAUAAUAUUCAGUAUGUUCCUUCAAGCUCGGUAUCUCUCGAAAAUGCCGCCAUUAAAUUGGAUCAUCGUGAUCCUGAAUUACAAUAUGGGUCUGGGUGGAACCCGUAUCUAGAUGGGACUACGGCCACUUUCACGCAAACUCCAAAUUCCAUUUUCACGUAUUCCUUUAUAGGUGUAUCUUUAAGCUGGUUCUCACAAAUCCCACCAGACCUUCCUCAUGCCGCCACUGUUGGUAGCUAUUACGUCGAUAAUCAAGCUCCUAUCCAAUUUUCAUUGAAUGGUCUUCUGUCGGAAAUUUCGGGAUAG